UGGUCCGCCAAACACAAAAACACUCCAACGAAGAAGAAGAAGACUUCCGGGACGCUCCAGUCGGUAACGGGAUAAAAACUCUUUCACUCUGCAACAUAAAGCGGUUUUAUUCCCGCUUUAAUGAACAGACCGUUAUAAUUCGGUUUAUUAGCUCGUUAUGUGUCUCCGGUGUUGAACAUCCGCCGCUUCUUUCACCGUUAAAAUGAAGAAAAAGACGCCGGAGAAGAGGCGCCAUGUGGUGGCCUGGGCCAACAAGGCGGAGUGGGACCAGGUCCUGGAGAACCUCUACUCCACAGACUCCUCCCUGCAGAGGUUCGGCCUGCACCGGAUCUCAGCCUGGAAGGGCCGCUAUGUGAGCAGCACCCCCGUGGCCGUGGACUGCACCGCGGACCUGGUGCGCUGCCAGGUCCUGGACCGGUCCGGACACCUGGACGGAGAAGACCUGGUCCUGCUGUACGGAGCGGCCCUGGUCCGGUUCGUGAACCUGAUCACGGAGCGGCAGCAGGGCAGGACGGCCCGGCCCCUGAGGCGCCUGGCCGGGAACCUCAACAUCCCGGAGUGGGUGGUGGACCUGAGACACGACUUCACCCACAGGAAGCUGCCCACCCUCAAGUGGUGCCGCAAGGGCUGCAAGGUGGUUCUGGAGUGGCUCCAGCAGGAGUACUGGUCCCGGCAGCUGGGGGGAGGGUCCAGUGAGGACUGGGAGUCCGAGUCGGACGUGGAGGACGAAGAGACGGAGCUGAAGAGUCGAGAAGACGAGCUCCUGGCCCGGCAGAAGGAGAUGGAGGCCUACAAGAACGCUCGAGAACUGGUGAUCUCCUUCGAGAAGGAGCAGUUCAAAGCGUUCGACGGGCUCCCUGAAGACCAGGAGAAGAACUUGUGGCCGUCCCCGUUUGCAGACAUGAGCUGGUUGCUGGGGGAGAUCAAACAGUUCUCGCUGCAGGCCAGUAACCUGCUGGUGGACGUGUUGCUGGAAGAUGGGUUCCUGGUUCCUACGCUGGAGCAGCUGGAGACGUUAAGCUGCGACACGUACGACGAGAACGCCGGAGAAACGGAACCCAGAGUUCCUCAGACGUUCCUCCACUUCUGGCUGCCGCUGCUGAAGAUGCUCAACUCUCCGUCCUUCAUCCACCUCCUGCUGGAGAAGCUGUUUGUGGAGCUGAAACAUCUCAGCAAAGAGCAGCAGAACACCAACCACCACAGAGAGUUCUACGUCUCCGCCUGGAUCUCAGAGAUCCUGAUCUGCAACAGCAACAAGUUUGAGUUCCACUUUGAGACGAAGGGGCAGAAGAAGGCCCGGAUGAAGGAGCGGAUCUUCGUCAACCGGAUCCAGCUGAGGUGGCAGCAGCUCCUCUCGGCGUGUCUAGAAGCUCCGUGUGCCGCCAUGCCUCGCCUCCUCCAGCUGGUCCUGGACGACAUGGAGCACCCUCUCCCUCUGGAGACCCGACAGAAGCUGCACCAGCUCUGCUCCAUCUACACCCAGGCCCAGUCCGACUCUGGUUCUCCUUCUCCGGAGCAGGUCCAGCAGCCCAUCUACACUCUGGAGAGCCUUCAUGAGAAGCUGCAGCGUUCGGGGCGCCACAGAGACCCGUGGCGUCCCUCGGCAGACGCGGCGGCGGCGGAGUCCCACCAGGAGUAUAAAUGGGCAGAUGUUCAGGCUGAGAAGGCCAAGCUGCUGCGAGGUUCUCCGUGGCAGCUGUGCAGCGACAAGGUUCUGUGGAGGAACUUCCCCCUGGGGAAGGUCCCGGGUCAGUCAGACGACCCGUCGGGCCUCAUGGUGGAGAACUGCUCCACCAUGACGGUGUUCGACCAGCCGGUGGAGCUGGAGACCUCCACGCACCACGUCCCCGGGGCCCUGAACCCUCUGAGGACCGCGGAGGGUCUCCUCUGGAACCACGGGGACGUUCAGAAACUCAAAGCUGGACUCAAGCUCUUCUGAGAUUUAACGCUGUGAAAUAUCAAAAUAUCGUCCUGUAGCUGCAGGAACUGUUGGACUGAUGCUCCUGGUUGCUUGGAAACAAAGAAACAAAAUGUUCAAAAUAUGUCGACUAUUAUGUUAAAUAUAAUUUGCUUGUUGUGGGAUAAAACAAACAUUUAAAGCAGUUAAAUAAUCAAUGUGUUGGUCAACAAACAGAGCAAAAAGGUGUCUAAAAACCAGAUCAAACAGUAAAUCUGAGGGAAAUGAUCUUGCUGCAUGGACAGAUAAUUUACCUUGACAAGAUUUAUUAAAUUAAGAUUAUUAAAUCUAGAAAUAAGCAUGUUGAACACUUAAAAUAAGAAAUUAACUCUUAAAACAAGAUAAAUGAUCUAACACUUCUAAAUCUAAAGUUUUUUAGAUUCUCAUUUUCUGCUCGGGCCAGUUCAUCACUGCUGGCAGCUUUAAUUUUAUCUCUUUUGUACAUUUUUUGUCCUUUUUUUGGUCAUUUUGUGACCAAAAAGAAGAUGU